UUUAUAAUUUGCGGCGUGCGGAAGAAAAUCGGAAAAGCAGCGAAGCGCACAGUGAACGCCAACGCCAAACGCCAAACUCUUACCAGUACGAUCCUUGCGCGUGUUUUUUGUUUAGUGUAUUGAGUGAAACGGCAAACAAACAAACAUAAAACCCCCGAGAAGCAGCGCCCAAAGCGGACACGCAAAAAAAUCAAAUAGAGUUAGCCAGCGCAAGUGAGGAAGAGAUCGAUCCCGCCAUCAUGAGCAAGAAGCCGACAGCCGGACCGGCGCUCCACAAGGUCAUCAUGGUGGGCAGCGGCGGCGUGGGCAAGUCCGCCCUUACACUCCAGUUCAUGUACGAUGAGUUUGUCGAGGACUACGAGCCCACCAAGGCCGAUAGCUAUAGGAAAAAGGUUGUGCUGGAUGGCGAAGAAGUACAAAUAGAUAUAUUGGACACGGCCGGCCAGGAGGACUACGCCGCCAUCAGAGACAACUAUUUUCGCAGCGGCGAGGGUUUCCUCUGCGUCUUCUCCAUCACAGACGACGAAAGCUUCCAGGCUACCCAGGAAUUCAGAGAACAAAUCUUGCGGGUGAAGAACGACGAGAGCAUACCCUUCCUGCUUGUGGGCAACAAGUGCGAUCUGAACGACAAGCGGAAGGUGCCGCUGAGCGAGUGCCAGUCGCGGGCGCAGCAGUGGUCGGUGCCUUACGUGGAGACCUCGGCCAAGACGCGCGAGAACGUAGACAAGGUAUUUUAUGAUCUAAUCAGGGAUAUUUCAUCGCGUAAAAAACAACGUCAGACGGACGUGAAACAGCCGCCGAAGCCCAAUUCUCAUUGCUGCCAAUUGCUGUAGGAUGGAACAACAAAAUAAAAACUAAAAUAUAAAAUUAAAACAUGAAACAAGCAACAACAACCACACGAUGAACAACUGCAGCAG